GCAUUUUCCAUGUCCCUCGUGCAUUUUGUUUGCUCUCAGCAUGCUUUACGUUCCUAGCGAACGUCAUUCCCGGUUCCCUGCAAUUCUCUCGAAAUUGUCCUAAACAUGGACGAAUGUAUACAGCUAGGGUUUCAUGCUGUAUCGAAUGGAGUACCAGGGAGCUAAGAUUUUGCACGGAAAGUGAUCGCUUGUAGUGUUUGUUUGUAAAGAAAGCGCGAAAGGGUCUACGCUCCCCGGGAUCAACAUGUCGACGAGUGGUUCACCUCCGAAGAAAAUUCACUUCGAGGUGGGAGCGAAGCUGGAAGCAAUGGAUUAUACCCAGAACUGGUACCCCGCUAAAAUCUGCCGUGUUGAUAGCCACGGGAAGAAGGCGUUAAUCCAUUUUGAAGGGUGGAACCAUCGUUUUGAUGAGUGGAUUGCUUUUAAUAGUGAACGGCUGAGACCUCACCGUGGUGGCCACUUGGAGCACAAAGAGGAGAAAACACAACAACAAGAUGUUUGCGACUACAAGGAAUGGAGAAAUGGUGAUCGUAUUUUAGCCAAGUGGCAGGACUGCAAAUUUUAUCCUGCAAAAAUACUAAAGAUCAAUACAGAUGGGUCAUUUGAAGUGCUUUUCUAUGAUGGUUUCAAGAAAACAGUCCAAAGAAGUAACAUAAAACCAGACAACAGCAAGAAAACAUUUCCAGUAGACAAGGAGCUGGCAAUGGAAAAAUCUGAGAGGAUUGAACGCAGGGCCAAGCUAGCCGCUGGUCGAGCUGAGCGAGCACGAAAGCGUAGUAAGGAGCUGGCAGGGAUUUCUCCAUCUCCCCCCACCAGCAAGAGAAGAGAAAGGGGGAGAAGGACAAAAGCAGAGGAGGAGAUGGGUAUGACAAGUGAGUCCAGUAUGUCUAGUCCAGCAGAGCCCCCGCAGGAAGUACCUGAAGCAGAUGAAGUACCCGUGGAUACAGCUAACAUGGCAACAGAUCAAACAGAGAGAGAAAAAGCUCCAGAAACAAUGGAAACUUCUCAACCAAUCACCCAGAAUGCUAAAACCCCAGAAAUUGAAACAUCAACGCAUAAAGAAACAUGGUCUGAAAAACAAGAGAAGGAAGUUCUUACUGGUAAGAAUAGCAGUAGAGACAAGACUUCUGGAGAAAUACAUAGUGUGAAGAAUACCACCAAAGCAAAUGAAACAAGUGCCAAUGAAGAGUCUUUACCUGAAUUAGAUAUUAGUAAUGAAGACCCAAAAAGUUUAUCUAAAGAUAUGUUAAAUGUAAACAAACAAAAUACAGAUACAAUAGAUACAAAUUCUCUUUCUGGUGGAUGUAGAGGUCCCCAAAAUGAUGUAGAUUUAGAAGAAGACAGAAAGGUUUCCUCUAGAGAAGCCAGUGCAUCUGAAAAUAUACACGAAGUUGAAAAGCCUCUCAGCUCAGCCUCAGCACAGGAUAAAGAUCACUACAGCUCUGUUGAACCCAACACUGAUAAGGCAAAAGAAGUGUCAAGGAUUAGAAAUAUUAUCCAAAGCGUUAAGGAGACUAUAGCAAACGAGAACAAUAACAUUCAAGCCAUGGUGUCUUCAAUCUGCAAACAGGCAGAUCUGAGGACAGAUCUAGCAGCGACAGCAUCAAGACAAGGCAUGAUAAAACCACAAAGAAAACCUAAGAGUACUGGGCGUGGUGGAUCAAGGGGUGCAAUGAACCCCAGAAAACGAGCCUUGCGCGGGUCAGGGCGUAACUCCAUGAGUCCAAGGGGUUACGGGUAUUCAAUGGCAUUCAUGGACCCUGUCUCUAAGCCUGAGAGCUCUGAAUCACUUGCAACUACUUCAUCUUCACCAACGACUUCUGCUUCUAUAACAGCCUCUUCUUCCCCAGUUCUGCACCAAGCUGAAAAGGAGGCCAGUUGUGUCAAUGUUGAAACAAAAGAGACUAAGACAGCUAGUGGACUGUUACCAGAUUCUGAGGAAUUGAAUGAAGUUCUUGAGGCGGAUGAGGAGACAGUUGUUGUUAUACCUGCAGAUCCUGUGAACACUGCAACAGCUAGCUCCACUUCACCUGCCACCACCUUGUCUAAACCAAAAACUCAGAAUUUUCAUAAGAAGAAAAUGCGACUUGACCAGAUUACUGACAAACUAUCAGCACAGUGCAAGAGUCAAAUAGAAGCUGCUGCUAGCUCACCCUCUGCCUUCCAGGUGGCCAAACCUCACACCCCAACACCACCCCCACCAACACAGCAACCAGCUCCACAACCAACGAUGCAAACGACACCCACACAUUCUUCAACAUCCCACACUCCACCCACACCCAUAUCUGCUCCCUACCCUGUUGAAGGCUACCCUCCGCCCUUGAUCUAUGCACCUAUGUCUGGGGCCUGUUGCACCAACCCCCAUUGUCAUGGUCAGCACCAAGCGAUGUAUGCCAACCCGCCUCCAAGUCACAGAGGGCCAUUGCCGCCGCCCCAUGGCAUGCACGGGAUGGGGCCAUCGCCUCACCUGCAUGUGCCAUCGUCACCUUAUGUCAUGUACCAGCCAGGAGUGCCAUGCUCCUGUUCAGGCUGUACAGGGGGAGUAUACCGACCCACAGGUCCCAUCACCCACCCAGAAAGUGCCCUUGCAAGGCUCAUACAGUGUGAACAGAGGAUUCUCCAUAGUGGGCCUAGGCCCUCCAUUCCUCACUACAGGGAAGCCCCCACUCCUCACAGUCCCUGGUUAGCGCAUGGCCACCCCCACCAACAGUACAUGUCUUUGCCGUCCAAACGUGAAGAGAUGUGGAGACAGCAGGAAGCUGAAAGAUCUGCCCUUAUGAGAAACACACCCUCAUUGAGUCCCACCUCUGAAAGUGCCAUGCUGCAGAACUGGAGACAAAAACUAGAGCGACCUCUCACCACCCUCAAACUCAACCAACCUGACAGCAGUCCUGCCAGUACUCCAGCCAGUAUCCCAGAGAGCGCUAAUAAUACUCCACUCCACCCUUCUCUAAGCAGCAAACAAGAAACCAGUGUUCCCAAAAGUGACAAUAAUACAGUAGUAACAACCCAGGCUGCUUCUGUCACCCCUGCAACGCCAUCAGCUAGCUCUGCUGAUGCUACCACACCCAGCUCGAUGUCACCCCAACAGCGCACCUCUGCCAUGACCCCGAAUGGUACCCCUGUCAGUAUGGUAGGGGGUAAGAUGUCCCUUGGGUCUACACCAAGGACUGCUGAGUUAGGCUUGGGGCAAGACGUAGUAGACGGCGAGGGUCGAAAGGGGAAAGAUUCAGAACGCGGUAUCACGGGCGCUUCGCUGCAGGCAGGGACGUGCCCUGAUGCAGACGAGGACUGGGUCCAAGGAUUUUGCACCACUCCUUGUCCGAAACACUACAAAAGAAGGCAAGAUUACAAUGAGGAAUACUCUGAAGACGAGACGUAUCAGCUAAGGCAUCAACUCCACAGCUCCUUCGACCAUAACCUUGUUUGCCAGGACCAACCCCACACCAAGAGUGACCAACCUCUCUGCUCCUGCGACCUACAUACUGACACCUGCGACCUGCACUAUGGCACGCCCGACCUACAUAAUGAUACGCCCUACCCAAUCUAUGGCAUGUGUGAUGCACAACCUGACACGUACAAUCGCCAUCGUGGCAUAUGCGUUGUUUCCAUUGACGUAGGCGUGUCCUGGACUGAUCAGGAAUCAUUUGCAGAGAGACGCAGACUAAUAGAUAGAGAACGCAAGCUGCGUCCCAGAGCAAUGGAGACUUUAACUCAAAGAACACUUCGUCGCGAGAAGGAACGCCAGAGAAUUAAAGAGCAAAGGCAGAAGUUCCUCAGUUCAAGCUUAUCUGAUGGGAAUUGUAAAUUGCAGCAACAGCUAGAGGCCUGUCGUAUACAGCUGCGAGAAGCUCAGCGACGGCGACGCGCAAGAGUCAGGGCAUUAGAAACAGAAGAACAGCGGAAGAUGCGCUUAAGGGACUUGGCAAGGAAGGCAAAGGCACGGCGAUGGCGUAGAGUGUCUGGCUCUUCACCACAUGCAAGUCUGCAUGGCCAAUCCUCGGGGGAGAUAACUCACAGCAACACUGAAAGUUGGUCAGAGGGAAGUUCAAGGAAAAAAGAAUUAGUGAAAAGUUUGCUAGGAAAAUACCAUGCUUGGAAUUAUGCAAAGAAAAGAAUUAAGUCCCAUCCUUUGAAUAUGCCUUCUGAUUGUGCGCCUUCGGGGAGUACAGUUAACUCAGAGAAAAGGGUUUCCUCUUCAGGAGAGACUAAAUUAUCCGAUUUGGGGUCAAUAAGGUCUGAUACUAACCUACAUAGCAUGGACUUAGCUAUACAGUCAAAUACAGUAGAUGGUCUUAGUGCUCAGGCGAGUGGUGAAAACCAAAACUCGUACGCAUUUAGCUGUUUCUCUUGUGAAAUUCCCCAGAACAGUUUGCGAAGUGAAUUGCCUGUCAACACAACUUUAACAACUCAUCACCCUUCGUCUUUACAUCGUUUGGAAUCGCCACCUCAUACUUAUAUGGUCAAGGGCCAUCAAGCUAGUUCAACAUUCGCUUAUCGGAUGCCUGUUCCCACACCAGAAAAGCAGUACCCUUGGUUUUAUAACCUAGGCAACAACAAACGUCACUACCCGAACGUCUUGACUCCACAAGAUCUGUACACCUCAAAACGUCUUGACAACACAGAUCCUGUUGAUGCAGUGCUCGAAAGGCCAUUCAUUGAUAAUGAAGACAAUUAUAAGGUCUCGUGCCAGAGACAGCAAAGGAACUCCCAGAUGGUACAUCGUCAGGGUCAAGUACCAAGUAAAAAGCUUAAAUUCCAUGAAGUGGUAUUUUCAAGUGGUCAUCAUCAAUAUAGAGAGGAUUUCAAGAAGAAAUGUUCUUAUGCAACUAAUUGUGUCACAUCACCUCAAGGGUCGCCAACAUCUCCAAGCUUGCUGUCUGUGUCAACUGAAUCUCUAACGUCAUUUCCUGCACCUACGGCAUUGCCGGCGUCAGUCUCACAGACUGCACAGGUUAUAGAAUCGUUGUCCCACGUGGCUUCACAAGUUUCUAGGGAUUGGCCUAGUCCUACCAGCAAUGCCUGCUUACUGCCAUCACCUUCUGAAAAAGAGGAAGGAAUUCAGGAAGUAUCUUUGACGAAAGCUUCUGUGCAUAAGAAAUUUAUUAUUGUCAGCGAGCCACUGUCAAAGACCCCUGGUAACGAGAAAGAAACUAUGGAAAGGUUCAAGACACCCGGAAACCAGGAAGGAAUUCUUGAGUCUUUGAUAAAGUCUCCUGAACACGGGAACGUAUUUAGAAACGAGGAAGUAUUUCUGGAGGUGCGAAAGACCCCUGGUACCCAAGGGGUGAAUGUGUCUAAAAUCACAGAAAACAAUACAAAAGUUCUGGAGGUGCCAAAGGUUCCUGAUAACAAAGAAGGAGUCCUGGGGGAGUAUUUGACAAAGAUCACUCGGUGUAAGAAAGGCAUUUGUGUCGGAAAAUCUUUGCUGAAGUCUUCUGAACACGGCCAAGUGGUCCUUGUUGGGCAGCCCAUAUUGAAAUUGCCUAUAAAUAGGGAACUGAAAACUUUGAAACUGCCUCUAUCAAAGUGUGCUGGAAAUGAAAAAGGAAUAGUCUGGCAAUCCUUAUCAAGUUCUGGACAUGGUGACGGUUUGCAGGGGUCUAAGCAACCACUAGUUGACUUUAAUAGAGGUAUCCUAGUGGGGGACUAUAAAAAGUGCUAUCUGGGACUUGUCGACGAGCUGCGAGGUAUGGCUUAUGCAGGUGAAAACCAAAAAAUGUCAAUGGUAAAACACUCGCAAAAUAAUGUAGUCAGUAGCUUGAACUGCACCUCGACCAAUUUACAGCCAUUGGACUCAACUAAGGCAUCUGUUAACCUUGGUUCAUUGCCGUGUCUACCAAGCUCUACCGAGCAGGGCAAUCCAGCAUCAACUGGGGCAGAGGAUCCAGUUGCUGUAUCUACUUUCAAAAGUCUUAACUCCAGUCAGUAUUUGCAGGACACUAGAUUAUCUCAAACGUGUAAUCCUGAGGACAGAACUUCCCUCCAAAGUGCAGAAAGGGCAGGAGCUUCUUUUACUCAAGAAUAUCUUCAUCGUGGCCUCCAAAACUAUGGCAACAAUUAUGAGAGGCAUUCAACCCUGUCCUCUGGUUGCCUUCGUGGCCCCUUGACUGGAGAGCCUGUUUACCCGUUUGUUUUCCCAAGGUCCGCAGUGCCUGAGGAUGAAGAGCUUCGAGUGGAGAGAAGAAGAACACAGAUGAGAGAGGCUCAGAGAAGGAGACGUGCCCGACUGCGUGCCGGUGAAACAGAGCAGGCAAGAUUGGGCAGGUUGCAGAGGGAAGCCAGGCUUGCGAGGGACCGCAGAUACAGACGUUGUUCUGAGAUGCCUGAUACGGGCACUGUCUUGGAGCUAAGAGAAAAUGAUGAUAAAACCUAAAGGGGUUUUCGAGAGGAUAAAUAAAUAACCAAAAAAAGCAUGCUAUUACAGAAUAACAUAACAUAAAGCUUAUAAUGUUUAAGAGAAAACUCUAAGACACUGGAUUGAAUUGUAAAUGAUGUUUAGGGUUUAAGUUGUUUUUGGUAAGUUACAGCAUUCCAUAAAUAUGUUAGAAUGUUGUUGUAAAUAAUGUUAAAUUAAGUUAUAUUCUGCUAAAGUCAUUAUUUUUUGGUGACAACGUUUAAAAAAGUGUAUAACACGAAAAUAGAUUAAAAGCAGAAGCAAUAGAAACACCACUGACAAGUUAUAAGGUGUUAUGCUAUCUUGAUUCGCCAAGAUUUCCUCCUUAAGGUCAUCAACAGUAGGUGAGGCAAAUAAGAAAAUGCAUACUAUUUGCAA